AUGGUUCUGCUCCCUGGUGUUUGCACAAUCACACGACACGAUGACCCUCACUGUCCUCAGACCCCCACUGUCCUCAGACCCCCACUGUCCUCAGACCCCCACUGUCCUCAGACCCCCACUGUCCUCAGACCCUCACUGUCCUCAGACCCCCACUGUCCUCAGACCCUCACUGUCCUCAGACCCCCACUGUCCUCAGACCCCCACUGUCCUCAGACCCCCACUGUCCUCAGACCCUCACUGUCCUCAGACCCUCACUGUCCUCAGACCCUCACUGUCCUCAGACCCCCACUGUCCUCAGACCCCCACUGUCCUCAGACCCCCACUGUCCUCAGACCCUCACUGUCCUCAGACCCUCACUGUCCUCAGACCCUCACUGUCCUCAGACCCCCACUGUCCUCAGACCCCCACUGUCCUCAGACCCCCACUGUCCUCAGACCCCCACUGUCCUCAGACCCUCACUGUCCUCAGACCCCCACUGUCCUCAGACCCCGAGACCCUCACUGUCCUCAGACCCUCACUGUCCUCAGACCCUCACUGUCCUCAGACCCCCACUGUCCUCAGACCCCCACUGUCCUCAGACCCCCACUGUCCUCAGACCCUCACUGUCCUCAGACCCUCACUGUCCUCAGACCCUCACUGUCCUCAGACCCCGAGACCCUCACUGUCCUCAGACCCUCACUGUCCUCAGACCCCGAGACCCUCACUGUCCUCAGACCCUCACUGUCCUCAGACCCCGAGACCCCCACUGUCCUCAGACCCUCACUGUCCUCAGACCCCGAGACCCUCACUGUCCUCAGACCCUCACUGUCCUCAGACCCUCACUGUCCUCAGACCCCCACUGUCCUCAGACCCCCACUGUCCUCAGACCCCCACUGUCCUCAGACCCCCACUGUCCUCAGACCCUCACUGUCCUCAGACCCUCACUGUCCUCAGACCCCGAGACCCUCACUGUCCUCAGACCCCCACUGUCCUCAGACCCUCACUGUCCUCAGACCCUCACUGUCCUCAGACCCCCGAGACCCUCACUGUCCUCAGACCCUCACUCAGACCCUCACUGUCCUCAGACCCCCACUGUCCUCAGACCCCCACUGUCCUCAGACCCCCACUGUCCUCAGACCCUCACUGUCCUCAGACCCUCACUGUCCUCAGACCCUCACUGUCCUCAGACCCCGAGACCCUCACUGUCCUCAGACCCCCACUGUCCUCAGACCCCGAGACCCUCACUGUCCUCAGACCCUCACUGUCCUCAGACCCUCACUGUCCUCAGACCCCCACUGUCCUCAGACCCCCACUGUCCUCAGACCCCCACUGUCCUCAGACCCUCACUGUCCUCAGACCCCGAGACCCUCACUGUCCUCAGACCCUCACUGUCCUCAGACCCUCACUCAGACCCUCACUGUCCUCAGACCCUCACUGUCCUCAGACCCCCACUGUCCUCAGACCCCCACUGUCCUCAGACCCCCACUGUCCUCAGACCCCGAGACCCUCACUGUCCUCAGACCCUCACUGUCCUCAGACCCUCACUGUCCUCAGACCCUCACUGUCCUCAGACCCCCACUGUCCUCAGACCCUCACUGUCCUCAGACCCCGAGACCCUCACUGUCCUCAGACCCUCACUGUCCUCAGACCCUCACUCAGACCCUCACUGUCCUCAGACCCCCACUGUCCUCAGACCCCCACUGUCCUCAGACCCCCACUGUCCUCAGACCCUCACUGUCCUCAGACCCUUCACUGUCCUCAGACCCCGAGACCCUCACUGUCCUCAGACCCUCACUGUCCUCAGACCCUCACUGUCCUCAGACCCUCACUGUCCUCAGACCCCCACUGUCCUCAGACCCUCACUGUCCUCAGACCCCGAGACCCUCACUGUCCUCAGACCCUCACUGUCCUCAGACCCUCACUCAGACCCUCACUGUCCUCAGACCCCCACUGUCCUCAGACCCCCACUGUCCUCAGACCCCCACUGUCCUCAGACCCCCACUGUCCUCAGACCCCCACUGUCCUCAGACCCUCACUGUCCUCAGACCCUCACUGUCCUCAGACCCUCACUGUCCUCAGACCCUCAGAAAAACCCAGUGGGACUCGACCAUGUGGUUCUUGCGCCUCGUCCCGUCCCCGUCUUGCCUCGACCCUAUAUCCUGUAUUUUGUAUUUGUGCCGAUAUGCAAUCAAGCUGUUGAAAAAGAACAAUCAGAAAUGUUUCCUCUCCACGGAGCCGACGUGA